AUGGUGGCCACCAAACUGAUUCGCCCGUUUUUCAUGUCGAUUGCGCUCGGCAGCCAGGCGGUCCAUGGCGAGUCACGUCCGGGGACAUGUCCUGACCCAGAUCAUGGGCAGGGUGUAUGCGCUCUCCUGACCUACGACAACAACCAAUUGGUGAAAUUUGAGGUGCAAAUCGGGCAAGACUUGGGCGGCUCGUUUUCGUGCGCUAACGUGGCUACAAAUAUCAUCAACAUGUGCUGCCGAAAUAAUUUGAAACUUGGCACAGCGGCCAGAACCCAGCUCGUGCCCAUCGAUGUGGCCAAUUACGGCGGGACUUGUUUCAACGCACCGACUUCCUGA